UUGUCAUGCGGGGCUCCCCCAGUACAGCUCACUCCGUCCCCUCCCACUAUAGACCGGGUAAAGGCGGGCAGGACAAGCCGUCAUCCCACGUCAGAGGCGGCUUCGUUAUUUAAACUUGAAUCAAGAGGGGAGGAAAGUUUUCACAGACGGGACAGCGUUGCCUAGCAGCUAGGCAGAGGACUCUUGCUACUUCACGUUGCCUUGUUUGUUUUCUCACCCGCACAUCGAAGAACCGCGGACGCUUCCCGGCUCUGUCUGCUUAUCAUCUGUCUGUUUCCCUCUCGCAGUCUAUAUGCCAAACAUGCCCCACACCGUGACACUAAAGGGACCCUCUCCCUGGGGUUUUCGACUGGUGGGAGGACGGGAUUUCAGCACACCGUUAACCAUCUCCAGGGUAACACCAGGCAGCAAGGCGGCCCAAGGUGACCUGUGUCCAGGUGACACCAUCCUGGCUAUCAAUGGCGACAGCACAGAGCACAUGACACACAUGGAUGCUCAGAACAGGAUCAAAACCUGCACUCAGCAGCUCACACUGAACAUCAGCAGGUCGGGAUCAGGAGACCGAGUGUGGUCGCCAACAGUUAGUGAAGACGGCAAGACAAGCCCUUACAUGGAGCCUGACUCCCAGAAUUUCCGUCCCAUCACCAGUGGAUAUGGCAGUUACAGCCGUAAACCUUCGUACACCCCUGAACCCCAGUCCCCGCAGGCUCCCCAGUCCCCGCAGGUUCCCCAGUCCCCACAGGCUCUCCAGCCCACUCACCUGAAUAACGGGCAGUCCAGAUCCAACAACGGCCACAGCCAUGGAUACGGGAAUGGAACCGGGCACGCUCAGUACAACAACCCAGCAGGACUUUAUGCUCAUAAUGGCAGCAAUGGAGACAGAUCUCUGCCAAGCAAGAUGGGAGGCCUUAGCCUCAGUGCCACACAUAGCCCAGAGCCUCCCAUACACUCCCCUGUGGGCCGUAAUGGUUUCGACACACAGUCAGACGUCUACAAGAUGCUGCAGGACUACGUGGAGCCUGUCUCUGAACCCAAACAGUCCGGCUCCUUCAAAUACCUCCAGGAAAUCCUGGAGGCUGAGGAUGGAGGUGUGUCCCCAACAGAGAGAAUGAGAAACUUAAAGUCUCCAGUCAGGUCUCCAAUCUCCAAACUGGGAAGCCCCAUCCCCAGCCCCAUGCCUGUUCUUCAGAAGCUACCCCAGUGCACACGCUGCUGUAAUGGCAUUGUUGGCACUAUCGUAAAGGCCAGGGACAAGCUCUACCACCCCGAGUGCUUUAUGUGCGAUGACUGCGGCAUCAACCUCAAGCAGAAAGGCUACUUCUUCAUCGAGGACAAUCUGUACUGCGAGACCCACGCCAAGCUACGCGUCCAGCCCCCAGAGGGCUACGAUGUUGUUGCCGUUUACCCCAACUCCAAGGUGGAGCUAGUCUGAGACGGAGAUGGAGCUGGCUCUACUGUAAUAUAACUGGGAAACUAAAAUGUGGGAGAAUGGGGCUACUGAGUAUCCUAGCUUACAUUUAUCAGGCUCUGUCAAGCAGGAACGCCGAUCUUGGAUCAGUUUUGCCUUUGGGAGAGUCCUAUGAAAUUUGUGUUUCAGUGAUCUAAGAUCAGCAUUUCUACACUGACAAACUUUGAUAAAUCCUGUGUAUAUUGAGCAUAUUGUUGACAGAAUAGGUCUUGGAUCUGAUGAACAUACCAAAACUCAAACCCAUUAAAAAGCUGACAUUGUAUGCUAUGUCCCACCCAACCUGACAGCCCUCAUAUCUCAAUCAGUGUGUUUACAUUGAAUUCUAGAUCCAAGAAGAUUAUCAAACCAGUUAAGGUCAUAUUCACAUAAAGGUGUUCAUAUGCACAUUCAUAUCCACAUCAAGAAACCAACAGCCAAGAAACAAGACAUGCACAAAUGGCAAAAUCUGGCAGAAAAUAGAAUUAGAUGUUUAUGCAGUCUGAAAUUACUACUGUACAGCAGUAUACUCCAGCUACCUGCUUUUCUAACAAUCAGCACUUGCGUUUAUCUUGUUUUGCAAAGUCAUUCAAGGUAUAAAGAUGUUUUGUUUAAGCUUUGGUUAAGGGGUUUAAAAGGUUUAUGUGUCUUUUUAACUAUGUUACAGUUACACAUUAUACUCCUGUUGCAGAUGGACUUUUGCAUUUUUUCAUUUACAUCUAUGCAGUUUACUUUUCAGACUUUCUGUGUUACAAAACCGGGGAACAUCUUUGUUUGAUGGUCACUUUUUCUGCUCACCUUUCAUUUAUGUGAAACAAUAAGCAAUAAUUCAUUAUAAGCAGAUCUCUAACAAGUAUAAUUGUGAGUGUCUGGAAUGUGUGUCAGUAUGCUUUGGUGAAUGGGUUUACCGAACUAUAACCUAUAGUAAAUGCCUCCAUAUGCAGCUAUCCAAGCCCCACCUUCUGAAAUGUAAACAAAACCCUUCAGGUGACAUCCUCAGAGUUCUGUGAGGAACUGUAGAACUUAAUGAGAAUCAGUUUAAAGAAUUUCUUCCAGCUGUGAUCACAACAUCCUCAAUUUAGAAACAACAAAUUGCAAGAAAUGAGACUUUAAUGAUGAAGUAACUUAGCCCAAUGCAUGCAAUGAUGACAUUUUGAACAGCCGUGAUACACAUUCACAGAAGAUUGUAACUGAAGUACUCCCAAGCACCUGACUGAGAGAGGAAUUUCAACUCUCACUCAUGUUCACACCAAGGAAUUCCAGUUCAUAAAAACAAGAGCACAGAGUUCAGUCGGUCUGUUUACUAAAAACACCAAUAUGCUCUCAGCCUCUUAUGACAACUUUUAAAAAAGGUCAUGUGCAUGUGAGACAGGAGACACGGACCACAGAAAACUGUUAGAAACUGGUAAACUGGGACUCCGCAGCCUACAACAUGUGGGAGUAAUAUUCACUUUGUUUAGUUUUUUGGACCCACAACAUAGAUACAUUACAGUUUCUCUUUUGAAGAGAGAAAAAGACAGAAGUUGGAAGUAUGUAUAGUUGUAUUCCCUUCCUACUAUGAACUCAAAUUUUUGGCCACAGCCAAGUCCAUGAAGCAAAUUAAAUAUACUUCUACAUUUCCUCUGAGAGAGGGGCAACAGAAAGGGAGGCUGAGAAGAUGAGAAAGAGAAAUGAGAAGUCUGCAUGUAUUUUCUUAACAGAAAUUCUUUCUGAAAGAAGAAAGAAAUGUGUUAUGACUGCAAUAUGUGGCCAUUAGUCUUGGCUUAUUGUGAAUAGUGAAGUAAACUGGGUGGAAAGGAGUGAUCUAAUUCAUAAUUUUAUAAAUACUUAUAACAAAACAACUUUUUUCAUUUGAAACGAGAAUGAGAAAAUCUUUUUUUUUUCUUCUAGAUAUCAACAGUGAUGUGUAGUUGCUGGUAUGCCAUCUAUACUAGUUAUCUUGUAAAUUAUGUGAAAAUUAUAUUGCUACCGCAUUGUUUCUUUAGUAUUGUACAUAUUUGUUUUAUCGUGAUUCAGCAUACAGUAUAUAACAUGUCGCUCACGUGUCUUUGCAUACCCAGUGUCUUUAAAUGAUUUCUUUGACACAAAUCUUCUUCUUGUGUUUAACUUAUUGUUCUACCAACACAUGUUUUGUGUAUUUGCUUUUUUUUCUAGGAUCUAAAUAAAAUGAUAAUUGCAGUACCACGA